UGCUUACUAAAGAAAACAAAGGAAAACAAAACCUAACGGCUAACGUCGCAUCUCUUCUCUGUUCUCCAUUGUUGGACAGCCUCACCGUCUCCACUGCCGCUGCCAGUGCCUCUCGGCUCUGCUGUUCUGCGCUUCUGUUUCUCCUCUCUCUCGCAGCCGGUCUCCGUUUUCUCCCUCAUCUGUGCUGCAAGGUAGUAUUGUCAAUUGAGUCCAAAGUCCUAGAGCUGACCCUAAACCCUUCAAGUUAAUUUUAGUCUACAGCCUUAAAAUUACAAUAACACAUUUUAUAAGGUGUGCUGUGCGGCUGUGCCAUCGUCUUCGUCUUUGUCUGAUUCGUCGAAGUUGCGGUGGUUGCUCCUCCUCUCUGACGUGGUGGACGACGCGGUGGCUCCUCCUCCUUCCUGACGCGGUGGCUCCUCCUGCUCCCUGACGCGAUGGAUGACGCAGUGGCUCCUCCUCCUCCCUAAUGCGGUGGCUGCUCCUCCUCCCUGACGCGGUGGACGACGCAGUGGAUGCUCCUCCUUCUUGUUCUCCUUCUUCCAUUUUGCUUUCUGGAAAAUGCUUCAGGUCCCUGAGCACCAAGUAGCUGGCCUGGCCAUAAUGUGAAAGACAUUAAACUGAAAAACUUAUGCCUAUGAAGGCUUCAGAUUAUAUGGAGAUUUUCUUCUUUCCAUGCACCUAUGUAUAAACCAUUCUUGCACGAAUGUUCUCAAGAUUAUAGCUCAUUUGAAGUUGUGCUUCUUCAUCGUUGAGGCUUGAGUAAAACAAUACUAGAAGCAACAGAGCAGAUAACUCUUAUUAUUAAUUUAAGUUUGCAUCAAUGAAUGAAGAGGUUGCACUCUCUCAUUCAUACCUCAUCUAUCAGUUUUCUUGCAGCACAAGCAGCCCAUUCCCAAGCAAUCAAGCUAGGAACCAUAUCUUGUCUCUACACUACCAAUAACAUCAUAAGUGCUUAUACAAAAUGCAGAAAGUUAGAUCUUGCCCACCAAUUGUUCGACGAAAUGUCCCACAGAGACAUUGUCUCUUGGAAUACCUUGAUUUCCGGUUAUGUGAACUCUGGUGAUCUCGAGGCCUCAUGGGGUGUCUUCACUUCCAUGAGAAGGUGUGGACUUGUAUUUGAUGGCCACACAUUUGGAAGCAUGCUCAAAGGUGUUGCUUGUGAUCGCGAGCUUGAGCUAGGGCGACAACUGCAUUCUAUUGUGAUCAAGAUGGGGUUUUCUGGGAAUUUGUUCUCCGGUAGUGCCCUUCUUGACAUGUAUGCCAAGUGUGGGAGCAUCAAUGAUGCACAUGUUGUGUUCCAAUGGAUGCCAGAGCGAAACCAUGUCUCGUGGAAUGCUUUGAUUGCAGGUUAUUCACAAGUUGGUGAUCAUGGUAUGUCAUUUUGGGUGCUAAGGUGUAUGGAACUUGAGGGUGUUGGGAUUGAUGAUGGUACAAUAUCUCCUUUUUUGACAUUGCUUGAUUGUUUUGAGUUUUACAGUUUAGCUAUGCAAUUGCACGGUAAGAUUGUAAAACAUGGGCUGGAAUCAUUUAACACUGUUUGCAAUGCCAUUAUCACGGCAUACGCAGAGUGUGGUUCUUUACUAGAUGCUAAGAGAGUAUUUGAUGCUGCUACUGUGUGUCGUGAUCUGGUUACUUGGAAUUCUAUGAUUGCUGCUUACAUGAAGCAUCAGAAAGAAGAUCUUGCUUUUAAAGUUUUCAUUGAUAUGCAAAAUUUUGGUUUUGUGCCUGAUGUUUAUACCUACACCGAGAUUGUCAGUGCUUGUUCUGCACAAAAUAUCAAAAGCCAUGGAAAAUGUUUACAUGGCUUGGUAAUAAAACGAGGCUUUGAAAAAUCUGUUCCAGUUUCAAAUGCUUUGAUUACCAUGUAUAUUAGGAUAAAUAGCAGGUGCAUGGAAGAUGCCACUAAAAUAUUCUUUUCCAUGGACCUAAAAGAUUGUUGCACAUGGAACUCCAUUUUGGCAGGGUACUCACAGGUUGGUUCGAAUGAAGAUGUCUUGAGGUUAUUUGUACAGAUGAGAUUUCUGGCUAUACAGAUUGACGACUAUACUUUUUCUGCUGUUAUCAGAUCAUGUUCAGAUUUAGCUACUCUACAGUUAGGUCAACAAGUCCAUGUCUUAGCUGUUAAAGUUGGUUUUGAUACCAAUAAAUAUGUUGCUAGUUCAUUGAUUUUCAUGUAUUCUAAAUGUGGGGUCAUAGAAGAUGCUAGGAAAUCCUUUGAUGCUACCUCCAAAGACAAUGCUAUAGUCUGGAAUUCAAUCAUAUUCGGGCAUGCACAGCAUGGACAGGGCAGCGUUGCGCUUGAUCUCUUUUACUUAAUGAGAGAGAGAAAAGUGAAACCUGAUCAUAUAACAUUUGUUGCAGUUCUAACUGCAUGUAGUCAUAGUGCACUGGUAGAAGAAGGCCGGAGCUUUAUAAAGUCAAUGGAGUUUGAUUUUGGCAUUCCACCACGAAUGGAGCACUAUGCUUGCGCAGUGGAUCUCUAUGGCCGAGCCAGGCAUCUAGAGAAGGCGAAAUCUCUGGUUGAGUCGAUGCCCUUUGAACCCGAUGCCAUGGUUUUGAAGACUUUAUUAGGUGCAUGCAGAAUUUGUGGGGAUAUCGAAUUAGCUAUUGGUGUUGCGAAAAUUUUACUAGAGCUGGAGCCUGAGGAUCAUUGUACUUAUGUUCUGCUUUCUGACAUGUAUGGAAGACUCAAGAUGUGGGAUGAAAAAGCUAGUGUGACUAGGCUGAUGAGAGAAAGGGGAGUGAAAAAGGUUCCUGGUUGGAGUUGGAUAGAAGUAAAAAAUAAAGUGCAUGCUUUCAAUGCUGAAGAUCACUCCCACCCCCAGUGUGAUGAGAUAUACUUACUGCUACAUCAAUUAAAGGAGGAAACUAAGUUGUUCAAUUAUUUGGACAAUCAAACUGUGUUAGUACCAUCAUGUUUAAUAUCACAAAUUCUAUAACUAUUUUGAGACAAAAUUUUCACUGAUAAUAA